CUUUUUUGGUCCAUUCAAGCACAAUGAGCGACAUUUCGAACAAAGUAUGCCAGAGCCCGGGAUGCGACAAGCCCGCCAAGUUGCAAUGCCCUACCUGCAUCAAACUCAAAAUUGAAGGCUCCUUUUUCUGCUCCCAAGAAUGCUUCAAAAACAACUGGGCCAAACACAAGGCUGUACAUAAGGCAAAGAUUGAGAGUGAACCGCACGAUCCUUUUCCCAACUACCGAUACACCGGCGACCUCAAAGCUGUGUAUCCAUUGUCUCCCCAAAGAGAGGUCCCCAAAUCAAUUGAACGACCUGAUUAUGCGGUAACUGGUAUCCCAAUCUCGGAACAAAAAACACGCGGUUCGGCCAUCAAGGUCCUUGACAAAGAUGAGAUCGAAGGCAUGCGUAAAGUCUGCAAGAUCGCUCGUGAAGUCCUUGAUAUUGGCGCAGCGGCUAUCCGCCCUGGUAUCACUACCGACGAAAUUGACCGUAUCAUCCACGAGGCGACGAUUGAACGUGGCGCCUACCCUUCUCCUCUGAACUACUACAAUUUCCCUAAAUCCGUCUGCACAUCAGUCAAUGAAGUGAUCUGUCACGGUAUUCCCGACAAGCGACCAUUGAAGGAAGGAGAUAUCGUGAACUUGGAUGUUACUUGUUACUAUGGAGGUUUCCAUGGCGAUUUGAAUGAAACCUAUCUUGUCGGUAAAGUGGACGAACAAGGACAGAAACUUGUGCAGACGGCCCGUGAAUGUUUGGAAAAAGCGAUCGCGAUGGUAAAACCCGGUAUCAGAUACCGCGAUUUCGGCAAAGUCAUUGAAGAGCAUGCCAAAAAGAACGGUUUCUCGGUUGUCCGUACAUUUUGCGGUCACGGUAUCAACCAACUCUUCCAUUGCGCGCCAAAUGUUCCUCACUAUGCCAAUAAUAAGGCCAUUGGUAUCCUCAAGCCUGGCCAUGUAUUCACGAUCGAACCCAUGAUCUGUGAAGGCACAUGGCGCGAUGAGAUUUGGCCCGAUAACUGGACAGCCGUCACCGUCGAUGGCAAACGAUCGGCCCAAUUCGAACAUACAAUGUUGGUCACUGAAACCGGUGUAGAAGUUUUGACAUAAAACAAUUUCAAAGGACAGAAUUUGUAUGAAUAGAAUAGUGAUGUACCAUUUUGUUAUUAGAUUCGUUUCCUAUAUGCGGAUCAUCCGUGCCAUUUUUACAUAGUUGUUGGGGCUUUUCAUAGACGCAUAAAGUUCAACUCAUGAACAAACUGUCCAGUUGCGUUAUUUGCAAAAUGCCAGUGAUCAUGAAUCCGACGAAAGUUCGUAUAGGCAAAAAUCUUAUCUCCAAUAUGGGAGGUUCGCCUGAAUAUGAUCAACUAGCGCAAGACGACAUUCGAAAUAUCGAUCGGCAGGCUCGCGCCAAGUAUCAUGUCAAAC